GUGUUUCACAAAGUGAAGAAAUUAGCCUAGGAAAAGGAGGAUAACUGAUAACAGCAGUGAAUGAAUGGCGGCCUCUACUGGAGACUUUUGAAAAGUACUGCUUCAUGUAAAUAUGUAAAUACAGGAGGAGCUCUGACAUCACUGUAGUUCAGAGAGAUUCAGAGAAAGUGAAACUAACUUGAUCAACAACAAUAUGGACGCCUGAAACGAUCAACCUCUUUAAACAACAUUAUAUUUAUUGAGCCGUUCAAAGAGUCUUGUGGACACAUCUGAUACUCACAGUGAUGUCAUCCUCCAGCGGUCCACUGACUGAGGAGCUUCAGUGCUCGAUAUGUCUGGACGUGUUCACUGAUCCAGUCAGCACUCCAUGUGGACACAACUUCUGCAAGACCUGUCUGAAUAAGUGCUGGGACAACAGCCAGACCUGCAACUGUCCAUAUUGUAAAGAAACAUUCAAGAUCAGACCUGAUCUCAAGAUUAAUACCACACUCAGAGAGCUCGUAGAUCACUAUAAAAAGAAAAGUCCUGAGAAAAAAACUGAAGUUCUGAAAAAACCUGAAGUUCUGUGUGACGUCUGUGAGGAAAGAAAGCUGAAAGCCCUGAAGUCGUGUCUGGUGUGUCAGAGCUCUUACUGUGAAACUCACCUGGAGCCUCAUUUGAGAGUGGCAGGUUUAAAGAAACACAAACUGAUCAAUCCUGAGAGGAAUCUGGAGGACUAUAUAUGUCAGAAACAUGAGAGACCUCUGGAGCUGUUCUGUAGAGAUGAUCAGACAAUCGUGUGCCUGAUGUGUCUUGUGAAAGACCACCAAAAUCACAACACUGUUCCUAUAGAAGAGGAGAGUGAAGAGAAGAAGGCUCAACUGAUGAAGACACAGAAAGAUACACAGCAGAUGAUCCAGGAGAGAAUCAAGAAGAUUCAAGACAUCAAACACUCAUCAGAAGUCAGAAAAAGAAACACAGAGAAGGAGAAAGCAGCCCGUGUCGAGCUCUUCACUGAUCUCAUCCGCUCCAUUGAGAGAUGUCAGACUGAACUGCUGGAGAUGAUGAAGGAGCAGCAGAAAGCAGCAGAGAAACAGGAGGAAGAGCUCAUUGAAGAGCUGGAGCAGGAGAUCACUGAGCUAAAGAUGAGAAACACUGAGCUGGAGCAGCUCUCACACACUGAAGAUCACCUCCACCUCCUACAGAUUCACUCAUCCCUGUGCAGCUCUAGAAACACCAGGAACUGGUCUGAGAUCAGUGUGAAGAUUGAUGAGAGUCUGGAGCCUCUGAGGAGAGCUCUGACUCGACUGCAGGACACUCUACAGGAGAAACUCACACUAACUGACUCUACAGAUCUGAAGAGGAUGCAGCAGUAUGAAGUGACUCUGGAUCCUGAUACAGCUCAUCCUGAACUCAUCCUGUCUGAUGAUGGAAAACAAGUGAGCUGUGGAGACAUUAGUCAGGACCUCCCAGACAACCCAAAGAGAUUUGAUACAUGUGUAUCUGUCCUGGGAAAGGAGGGAUUCUCCUCAGGGAGAUUUUAUUUUGAGGUGCAGGUGAAGGGAAAGACUGAAUGGGAUUUAGGAGUGGCCAGAGAAUCCAUUAACAGGAAGGGAGAGAUCACACUGAGACCCAGUAAUGGAUUCUGGACUGUGUGGCUGAGGAAUGAGAAUGAAUAUAGUGCCUGUGAUGGUCCUCCUGUCUCUCUGUGUGUGAGAGUGAAGCCGCAGCGGGUCGGUGUGUUUGUGGAUUAUGAGGAGGGUCUGGUCUCCUUUUAUGAUGUGGAGUCCAGCUCUCAUAUCUACUCUUUCACUGGUCAAUCGUUCACUGGGAAACUCUAUCCAUAUUUUAGCCCAUCCUUAAACUAUGAAGGUAAAAAUUCAGCUCCACUGAUCAUCACACCUGUCUAAUACAAUAAAUGAAUUUACCCCAAAUUUGAAAUACACAAUGAAAAUGAUUUCUAAAAUUAAAAAUCUAAAAACAUGGUUUGCUAUUUUUUCAUCAUUUGUUUUUCAUUGUUAAAAAAUAAUUUCUAGCUAUAAUUGCAAAUUAUAAUGCAAAAAAUAUAAUGGUUGUUUAACCUUUUUUUUUUUUUUACUUUUCAUAAUUAUGCAUGUCAUUUAUUCCCCCAUCUCCAUUUGACAAAUUGAAAUUGUUUGUAAUUUUUUUUACAUCAAAAUAAACCAAACUGUGAUAACAUUGAUAAACUGUAUAUCAAGGCUGUUUCUAAAAUUUAAAUUAUAAAAUGCUCUGUGAUAUUACUGUGGUAAAUCAGAUGGUAAUACCUCUAUAUAUAUCACAGAACUGAAUGAUUAUCAUAUUCAUACACAACACAUAAGUUCAUGGUACUUCAUUAAACACCAGACAUGUUUUAUCAUAGAAUAGAAUAAAUUAAAAAUUAGUUAAAUUCAACAGACAAAUUUCAACACAUCAGAUUAAUUUAAAUGCUCUUUUUUAUUGAUGCAGUUGAGUCCGUCCUCAAAUAAAAUAUAGAUUUUCAAAUAAAUAUCUGACAGGGCCGAUAUGAAGUAGAGAUACUAAUAUAAUAUGUGUCAGAGACGGCUUUAUAUACCGGCUUCCUCUUGCACUGAUUGGUUGAUACCUGAAUGUGCGCCUCUGAUUAUUGUUAAAUAAAACUUCAUUAAAAAUGAAAGAACCCCAUUCAAUCACAAGAUCAUGUGUGACGCAUCACAUCUGACACAAAGGUGCCUUAAGAUAACCUGAGGCCCCUGAGUGACAGCAUUACACUAGAUAAUGUUCACUAGGUGGCGCUAUAUAGUUUACAAUCAGAAAAUACAGACAAUACAGUGAAAUCCAUACAGUCAUGGAAAACCUGGAAAUAUGUCAUUUAAAAUGGCAAACAUAAAAACCUUUAUUAAGGUCAUGUAAAUUUGUUAAGUGAUUUGUUUUUAGUUUACUUGGUUAAAAAUUGUUAUUGUUUUGAUUGUGCAUUUUUAGUCCUAAUUAUGAUUAAAAAUGAUGCCUGCACCACUCACUAAUGAAUGAUCCACAUUUUAUUGCACUGUUUGUGUUUUGAGUGUGUAUUACGGAUUGAGUGAUUACAGUGUUUAGUUCUGAUGGUUUAAACAGAGACUGCAGGACAAAUGUUCUGUCCACUGAGGUUUAGGGCACAAGAUGAAACCAAAGACCCCAGAGUUCGGCUUUAAUGGGACCCGGAGUCUCUCCUGGGACAAACAAUGUGAUUUUCAUAUUUCUAUAAACAGGGUCAACUGCAUAUAAACGAAGAGUCAUGAGAAUUUCUUCAACCAAAGGCUACAGAUUAUAUUUACAAAGGGGUUUGGAAAGAUUAUUUCUGCUUUGUGAUGUUUUUAAUCCUCAUAUUUUUGUUUCUGGACCUUUUUAUGUAAAGUAGGUCUAUUUGUACUUAAAAUGUAUAUGAUUGUCAUUAACAAAAUGUCAAACCAAACUGCAUUAUCAGCAUUAAACAUCAAUCACAGACCUUACCUUUUAAGAACAGUUUCUCCAUCAGUCCAUCUUUUCCUCUGGAUGUGUGUGGAAAGUCUGAUCACAGUGAGUAUUGUCCUGAUGGAUCAGCACAUCCACACUAAAGCACCACCUGAACUUCCUGAUCUUUGUGCUUCAGUGUCCUGCAGUGAGAAACCUGUAGUAAUUCUGCCAUCAAUCAUUUUUACGAAAUUACACGUUACAGUCAUCUUUUAGUUCUGAAUGCCCUUAUUUGGGUGAAAAAUCUGUCAGAAAUUUGGCAUCUGGUAAAGGGUCAAAAAAUAAAUGUUUCGCACAAGAUUUAAAAAAUGAGCAGUUACAAUGAAUUUCACAUGGAGGGUUUAUACAUGCUUAGAGAUGUUAGGAUGGAGUUAUAUGCAGGAUUUCCAUAACCUUUACAUAUUUCAUCAGACAUUUUGUCUCAGAAAUGUAUAGGUACAUGU